AUGAGCUACUACUCCCAACCCGCCGCCGCCAACUACAACUCGGCCCCACUUCAUUCUCAACGCCAGAGAGGAUACAGGAUUUGCGACCAGUGUGGGACGGUCGAAACUCCAGCUGUAAAAUUUAGACUAUGCGGGGGAUGCAUGACUACACAAUAUUGCUCACAAGAUUGCCAAAAGGUCCACUGGCCUUCGCACAGAGCUAUUUGCCAGCAUACCGCCUCCCAGGUCAAACAGGCAGCGAGCAAUGCUGCUCACCCAGAUGAGAACAUCACAAAAUACCUGCGCAAAUUUACUUCCACCCACUGCGCGCUUCUUGGAUGGGCAGGCUUCCAAGCCCUUCAACUCAAACGUGUUCCCGCCAAUGUCAGGCAGAAUGCAUUACUCAUCGACUUGACCUAUAACAGUCAUGCCGACUCAAAUCGUCGAUUCUCCAUUUCAUCGACUCAUGUAGUUCCCCGGACCUACAUUCGCGAUCCUCUUGUCAUUGCUGACAUUCAGCGGCGCGAAGAACGCUGCCGACAAAACGGCGGCAUUGGCACUCUUGUCGUCAUCAUUCAAUGUGGAAGCACAUCGCAAGUGAUGCCUGUCGAAGUUGACCCUCCCUCAAAAAUUGCUUGGGACAUCCGUGACGAUUGGUGCCAAACACUUUCACAUUUCGUUGAAAGCGGUCGCACCGAUUUUAAACCCAUUUGCACCACCUCGCGAGGGUCAGUCUAG